AUGGCCUUGACUCUCUUCCUGGUGCUCGCUUUCAUCCGAGACUCCAGCAGCGCUCCACAGAGACUCUUGGAGAGAAGGAACUGGACCCCUCAAGCUAUGCUCUAUCUGAAGGGUGCACAAAGACGCAACCCGGAUCUCCAGCCACGAACUCUUCCAGAGGCAGCAGCCCUGUUACUGGCUUCCUUUAAGAAACCGCAAGAAGUUGAAGAAGAGAACUUUGACCAAACUAGAUUCUUAGAAGAUAGUCUGCUAACGUGGUGAACAUCCUCCACAUCACCUCCACUGAUGGCUGUGAUCCUUUGAACAAACCCUCAGACCGUGUUUGCUCUAUUUGUCAUGUUAGAAACAUACAAAGCUAGUUUUAUUCUUUUCGAAGCAAAAGUAAGGUUGUGUUCGUAACUGGGCGCCUCAUCACCUCUGUCAUUGCUUCAGAUCCUGCUUAGAUCAAUCACCUUGUGUCUGAUUUUUAGAUUUUCAAAGAGGAUUUAAGAGAUUCUUUUCUUACAACCAAUACCUUUCUUGACCUCAUAAUUCUGAGUUCGUUCUAUACAUUUCUACCACGAACUGCUUACGUGCUCUCACCCACUCCGUAGUGAUUCUCCAUCUGCGUGUUCCCACACUGAAGGAGGCGGGAUGGGAAAGAGGACGUGUGCUUCUUUCUGUAGUUCAUCCGGGAGAAGUCAUGGGAAAAAAGGCGCGAGAGAAAGGGAUGAACUGGGAAGAAGCCCGGUGAUAAGAACACUUCAGUGUGGUGGCUAAGAGAGGGCACAGUUUGUGCAGCUGGAGUCAGUGGGAGAUUUGCUGAGUUUUCACAGCUGGACGGUCUCCAGUUGUCUUCUAGCAUCUCCCCGACUUCAGUUUAGAUACAUAGAGGUACAGUUACAAUCUGCCUUCAGUUUAGAAACAUGGAGGUACAGUUACAAUCUGCCUUCAGUUUAGAAACAUGGAGGUACAGUUACAAUCUGACUUCAGUUUAGAUACAUAGAGGUACAGUUACAAUCUGACUUCAGUUUAGAAACAUGGAGGUACAGUUACAAUCUGACUUCAGUUUAGAUACCUAGAGGUACAGUUACAAUCUGCCCAUUUAUAGCAUGUCAAUGGGGACAUACUAGUUCUUUAGAGAUAGUCAGGUUUCCGUGGCUAAACAGACUCAAAGACUAUUUUUUACUUGCCCAGAACUGUAGGUUUGAAACUCUUGAGUUCCAUAAA